GUUAUCAAAACAAGAUCAACGAAAAUUGAAUGACAGUUCAAUAUAUAAAAACCACUAUGACAGUAUCACUCUCUACUCUGUGCUCUGUCUCUCUACAACCCUGUGCAUCUCUUUAGCAUCAUCAUUAUAAUACAAAGAAUUGAACUCAGCAAUGGCAGAUAAUUCUAUUAAGCAGAUUAUCUUGUUAUAUUUUCUUCUAUGUCUCUUCUUCUUGUCAACUUCACAUAGUUCAUCGGUAGUGCUCAUAAAACAAGCUAAGAUCCUGAUAUCAUUGAAACAAUCUUUUCAGACUUUUCCUUCUUCUUUAAACACUUGGAAUGAACCAAACUACUCAUCACUCUGCUCAUCAUGGGUUGGAAUCAAAUGUAAUAAUUAUCAAACAAUAGUCUCUCUGGAUAUAUCAAAUUCACAAAUUUCUGGUGUUUUAUCUCCUGUCAUCACUCACCUUACAAGUUUAGUUAAUCUUUCCAUUUCUAAUAAUAAUUUCUCCGGUUCAUUUCCAUCACAAAUUCAUCGAAUAAAAAGUUUGAAGUAUUUGAAUGUGUCAACAAAUCAUUUUAAUGGAACCUUGAAAUGGGGUUUCAUUGAGUUGAAAGAAUUAGAAGUAUUGGAUUGUUACGAUAAUAACUUCAACGGGUUUCUUCCUUUAGGUGUAACCCAACUUCCUAAACUGAUACACUUGGAUUUUGGUGGGAAUUUCUUCACUGGAAACAUUCCACCUAGUUACGGAGUUAUGAAACAGCUGAAAUUUCUGUCGGUAAAAGGAAAUGAUUUGAAUGGGGUGAUACCAAGUGAGCUUAGUAAUCUUACUCAGCUUGAAUAUCUUUACUUGGGAUAUUACAACGUCUUCAAAGGCGGUAUUCCAUCGGAUUUUGGAAAGCUUGUGAACCUUGUUUGUCUUGACAUGUCAAGUUGUGAAUUACAAGGUUCAAUUCCAUCAGAGCUGGGUUUCUUGAAGCAGUUGGAUACUCUUUUCCUGCAGACAAAUCAACUGACUGGUUUAAUUCCACCAGAGUUGGGAAAAUUAAGUAACUUGAGAUCACUGGAUCUUUCGAAUAACGACUUCACAGGAGAGGUACCAGCUGAGUUGUCUCAACUCAAGGAGCUUACUUUACUCAAUUUGUUCAUGAAUAGGUUUCAUGGCGAGAUCCCAGAUUUCAUUGCGGAGUUGCCAAGUUUACAAGUGUUGCAGUUAUGGCAGAAUAACUUUACUGGAAUUAUACCGCCAAAGCUGGGAACGAGUGGGAGGUUAAAGUUUCUUGAUGUCUCAACAAAUAAACUCACUGGUUUGGUUCCUAAAUCACUUUGUUUUGCUAGGACACUAGAGACUUUGAUUUUGUUGCGGAAUUUUCUGUUUGGUCCGUUGCCCAAGGAUCUCGGCGAGUGUCUGACACUCAAGAGAGUACGACUAGGACAGAAUUACUUAACCGGGUCGAUACCAGAUGGCUUUCUUUACUUGCCAAUGUUGACACUAAUGGAACUUCAAAGUAAUUACCUGACUGGAAGUAUUUCAGAAGAGCACAACAAGGUGUCUUCACCUACAGAGCUAGACCAACUCAACUUAUCAAACAAUCGCCUAUCGGGAUCACUUCCUCGUUCGAUUGGGAACUUCACGGGACUGAAGAUACUUCAACUCAACGGCAACGGCUUCAGUGGUAAGAUACCGUCUGAGCUGGGUAAUUUGAAACAUCUGUUAAAGUUAGAUAUGAGUAAGAACAAAUUGUCUGGUGAGCUUCCACCUGAGGUAGGUUACUGUCUGUUGCUGUCUUACAUCGACUUGAGCCAAAACCAACUUUCUGGUCCAAUCCCAGUUCAAAUUGCUCAAAUUCAAGUGCUGAAUUAUCUCAACAUAUCUUGGAACCAAUUGAACCAAAGUCUUCCCAAGGAAAUUGGUUCUAUCAAAAGUUUAACGUCAGCUGAUUUUUCUCAUAAUGACUUGUCUGGAUUGAUUCCCGAAACUGGUCAAUUCGCAUACUUGAACUCAACUGCCUUCGUGGGUAACCCAAAGCUGUGCGGUGGUGGGUCUAAUGAUCUGAGCAUAAACCAGUGUAUCUCUUCGUCGAAUUUAUCAUCGUCAGGGUUUGCUCAACGACGUACUCGGUCUACAAUGUUUGGCAGGUAUAAGCUGGUUUUCGCAUUAGGUCUAUUAGCUUGUUCUUUAGCAUUUGCAGUUGUGGCGAUUAUGAAGACUAAAUCGAUACGAAGAAAGGAUCCCGAGGCAUGGAAACUCACAGCAUUUCAGAAACUAGACUUUGGGCAGGACGAUAUCUUAGAAUGUCUAAAAGAGAAUAACAUCAUAGGGAGAGGCGGAGCUGGUAUAGUUUAUAAAGGAACAAUGCCAAACGGAGAAAACAUCGCUGUAAAGAGAUUACUGGGGAUAACCAAAGGCUCUUCUCAUGAUGAUAAUGGGUUCUCAGCAGAAGUACAAACAUUGGGUAGGAUUAGACAUCGAAAUAUCGUUAGACUGAUAGCGUUUUGUUCGAAUAAAGACACAAAUUUGCUUGUUUACGAGUACAUGCCCAACGGAAGCUUAGGUGAAGUUCUACACGGAAAGAGAGGAGGAUAUCUGAAUUGGGAAACCAGACUUAAAAUCGCAAUGGAAGCUGCAAAGGGUCUUUGUUAUUUGCACCAUGAUUGUUCUCCUUUGAUACUUCAUCGCGACGUAAAAUCAAAUAACAUUUUGCUGGACUCCGAUUUUGAAGCUCAUGUUGCAGAUUUCGGACUCGCUAAAUUCUUGCAAGAUACAGGAACAUCGGAAUGCAUGUCUGCCAUCGCUGGUUCUUACGGUUACAUCGCUCCAGAGUACGCGUACACAUUGAAAGUGGAUGAAAAGAGUGAUGUAUACAGCUUUGGAGUUGUAUUGCUAGAACUCAUAACAGGAAGAAGACCAGUUGGUGAUUUUGGUAACGGGGAAGAAGAGAAUGGAUUAGUAGAUAUUGUUCAAUGGACAAAGAUGAUUACCGAUUGGAACAAAGAAAAUGUGACGAAGAUAUUAGAUGAAAGAUUACUAGUACCGGUAAACAAUUGCAAAAAUACAAGUAUCCCUUUUCUAAAUGAAGCCGUGCAAGUAUUCUUUGUAGGGAUGUUAUGUGUUCAAGAACAUAGUUUAGAGAGACCAACUAUGAGAGAAGUUGUUCAGAUGCUUUCUCAGGCCAAAGAACUACAACCACUGCUACCAGCUACCAGUUCUACCUGCACAUUUACAUUACCAAUCUCAUCAUGAUGUAUACCAUAUCAUUCAGUAGUAGUUCGCACGUGUUUCUACCAAAUAAAUUUGCAUUGACAUUUUCCUAUUGUAAUAUUAUUGAUCAUGAUAUAUUGAUGUAUACCUAUAUGGAAAUUUUAGUUAAAGAUUU